CCGUGGGGAGGCGCCAUUUUAGACUCUUUCGGCCGAUUUCGUCGCUGCCGGUUCGCUUCUCCGCCGCCAUGAGCGUCGUGGAUCAUGUGCGGGAGAUGGCGGCCGCCGGGCUCCACUCCAACGUGCGGCUGCUCAGCGGCCUCCUGCUCACCAUGAGCGGCAACAACCCGGAGCUCUUCUCCCCCUCGCAGAAGUACCAGCUGCUGGUCUACCACGCCGACUCCCUCUUCCACGACAAAGAAUACCGCAACGCCGUCAGCAAGUACACCAUGGCUCUCCAGCAGAAGAAGGCCCUGAGCAAGACCUCCAAAGUCCGGCCCUCCACCGGCAGCGCGGCCUCCACUCCCCAGAGCCAGUGUCUGCCUUCUGAAAUCGAAGUGAAAUACAAAAUGGCCGAAUGCUACACCAUGUUAAAGCAAGACAAAGAUGCCAUUGCCGUCCUUGAUGGUAUCCCUUCCAGACAGAGGACCCCCAAGAUUAACAUGAUGCUGGCCAGUUUGUACAAGAAGACGGGCCAAGAACGUUCCUCGGUGACCAGUUACAAGGAGGUUCUGAGGCAGUGCCCGCUGGCUCUCGAUGCCAUUCUAGGCUUGUUGUCGCUCUCGGUGAAGGGCGCAGAAGUGGCUUCCUUGACCAUGAAUGUGAUUCAGAGCAUUCCGAACCUAGACUGGCUUUCGGUGUGGAUCAAAGCAUACGCGUUUGUGCACACGGGCGAUAACACCAGAGCCAUCAACACAAUCUGCUCACUGGAGAAAAAAUCACUCCUGAGAGACAAUGUGGAUAUAUUGGGCAGUUUAGCAGACCUGUAUUUCAGAGCCGGGGACAACAAGAACGCCAUCCUAAAAUUCGAACAGGCCCAAAUGUUGGAUCCAUAUUUAAUCAAAGGAAUGGAUGUCUACGGUUAUUUACUGGCUCGGGAGGGUCGACUCGAGGAUGUGGAGAACCUUGGAUGCCGGCUGUUCAACAUCUCUGACCAGCACGCCGAGCCUUGGGUUGUCUCAGGCUGCCACAGCUUCUACAGCAAGCGCUACUCGCGGGCCUUGUACCUGGGAGCCAAAGCCAUCCAGUUGAACAGUAACAGCGUCCAGGCCCUGCUGUUGAAAGGGGCCGCCCUACGGAACAUGGGCAGAGUGCAGGAGGCCAUCAUCCACUUCCGCGAAGCAAUCCGGCUCGCCCCGUGCAGGCUGGACUGCUACGAAGGUCUCAUCGAGUGCUACCUGGCCUCCAACGGGCUCCGUGAGGCCACCGUGAUGGCCAACAACGUCUACAAGACCCUGGGCGCCAACGCUCAGACGCUGACGCUCCUGGCCACCGUCUGCCUGGAGGAUCCCGUGGCCCAAGAGAAGGCCAAGACCUUGCUGGACAAGGCCCUGAUGCAACGCCCCGAUUACAUCAAAGCCGUGGUCAAGAAGGCCGAACUGCUCAGCCGAGAACAGAAGUACGACGACGGAAUCGCUCUGCUCCGCAACGCCUUGGCCAACCAGAGCGACUGCAUCCUCCAUCGGAUGUUGGGCGACUUCCUGGUGGCAGUCAAUGAAUACCAGGAAGCCAUGGACCAGUACAGUAUCGCUUUGAGCUUGGAUCCCAACGACCAGAAGUCCCUGGAAGGCAUGCAGAAAAUGGAGAAGGAAGAGAGCCCUACCGACGCCACCCAGGAAGAGGAUGUGGACGACAUGGAAGGCAGCGGAGAGGAAGGGGAUCUCGAAGGCAGUGACAGCGAGGCGGCCCUGUGGGUCGAUCAGGAGCAGUGGUUCCGUGGGCAGUGAGGCAGCCGUGGACGCCCAACGCAGCACUUACCACGCAAGGGGCGUCGGGUAUCCUCACCUUCCUUGGCAAGGACAGGAAUGUGGAUUGAGGGACACAUAUCCGAGGCCCGGACCCAUGAAAAAAGAAGAAUAUUCGGCUAUUUAUGGACUGCAAAGGCUGAGCGGCUUGUGUUUUAAGGGGUGGGGAGCGAAGAGGUUCGGGCCUCCCAACUGUAAUUUCAAGUCCUUUCUAAAAUUAGACCCCCUUUCAAAGGAAUUUUUAAGUCUUUUUCCGAACCUGCCUUCCUUUGGAAAUCAUUGCAAAAGUCAUUUACGCUUUAUCCCCAGCGGCGUUAGAAGCGAGAAGCUAUUCUUUCCUUUGAUGGGAGAGAGCCUUUAGAGGCCCAAAACGCCUCCAGGAACUGGCAAGAGGGAAUUUGGAGGGGGGAGGGGGUUUGAAAGGGGGGAGGGGGAAAAUAAGCUUUUUUCCAGCUUUCCCCCCCCCCCUCCUCCCAACUCCUGGGUUUUGAGUGCGAGGUUUAGCGUGCAUGCUUUUUUUUUGAAAACGGAAGCGUGCCACUUCAGGAUACCGAUAGACAAAACGGCUGUCGGAAGUACAUCCAGAGAAUUCAAGGGUUUUUGUGUGUGUGUGUGUGUGGCUUUUUUAUACAAAGCUUAAUGCGUGAGUGACUUUCCUUUUUGGAUAUUGUGGAUAUUAGAUGGAGCGAGAUGGAGCGCCGCCAAACAAAGAACAGCCGCGCCAAGGCGUAAUCCCAAUUAGUCUUGAUUAAGCUUUAUCCCUUCCCUAGAAAAAGGAGUAUUAAAAAUGGAUUUUUUUCCUCCCCAAUUUUCUGCUUCAGAUUCCGAUUUGGCUCCCGUUAAAUAACUCAGUUUGGCCACAGGUUACGCUGGGCCCGUCCCGUCGCUCGCGUGCGAAUGGCGUUCAGAGUUUUCGCAAAGGAAUGGGUCUUUCAUCCGAGUCCCCAAAAUUCUCUUUUCUGCACCCCCUCAGAACUUUUAUUUCUUGGUUAUGUUUAGGGGGUGCUUCUCGCACGUACCUUUGUUGUAAUAUUUCACCGUUUCUUGAGACUAAAUGGGUACUGUUGAAAUAAACUGCCUUCAUCCA